UACCGGCGCCAGGUGUUCCCCACGUCUCCAGGACUGCCAGCACCUCCGCGUCCCCUACGCGGCCGACCCAGGUGAUCUCAGCACACCACCCUUCACUGAGAGGGCCAAGGGGAGGGAGAAAUGGCCACAAGAUUACUGCCAGCCCAAACUCAGAAGUUUGUGAUGUUCAAGGAUGUGGCCGUGUUCUUCAGCCAGGAAGAAUGGGGACACCUGGACCCUGCUCAAAAGGCCCUGUACCGAGAGGUGAUGCUGGAGAACUACAGCAACCUGGUCUCACUGGGGAUUCCGUUUUCCAAACCAAAGGUCAUCUCCCAGCUACAGCAAGGGGAAGAUCCCUGGAUGGUGGAUAAAGCCGUUUCUCAAGGGGUCCGUCAAGGAUGGAAGAGCUUGCUUGAAACCACAGUUUCUGAAGGAGAAACUCAAGAAGUGAUCAUGAAAAAACUCCUAGAUGGUGGUCCUUUUAAAUUCAAGUUGGGGAAAACCUAUGUAUAUGAGGGCAAGUUAGAAAAACAGCAAGGCAAAAAUAAACCUUACAGGAAAGUCAUAGUUACCUUCAAGAAAACCUAUGUGAAGGAAAGAAUUUAUAAAGGUAUUGAAUUUGGGGAAAAUGGUCUGAAGUCACCAAUUAUUAAAACACCCAAAGUCAUAUCCAGAGAAAAGAAACCAUAUUCACAGCAAUACUCAACUCUACUUAAACAACUUGGAAUCAACACAUGGCGUAAAUGUUAUAAAUGUAAUGUCUGUGGGAAAGUCUUCCUCCACAGUUCUUCCCUGAGUAAGCAUCAAAGAAUUCAUACCGGCGAGAAGCUCUAUAAGUGUAAGGAAUGUAGGAAAGCUUUCAGCCAAAGCUCAUCCCUAACUCAACACCUGAGAGUUCACACUGGAGAAAAACCUUAUAUCUGUAAUGAAUGUGGGAAAGCCUUCAGUUUUACUACAUCUCUUAUUGGACAUCAAAGAAUGCAUACUGGAGAAAGACCGUAUAAAUGCAAAGACUGCGGAAAAACCUUUAAAGGUAGUUCAUCUCUUAAUAAUCACCAACGAAUUCAUACUGGAGAAAAGCCCUAUAAGUGUAAUGAAUGUGGGCGAGCCUUUAGUCAGUGUUCAUCUCUUAUUCAACAUCAUAGAAUCCAUACUGGAGAGAAGCCUUAUGAAUGUAAUCAGUGUGGAAAAGCCUUUACUUCAAUAUCACGGCUAAGUAGACAUCAUAGAAUCCAUACCGGAGAAAAGCCCUUUAGCUGCAACGAGUGUAGGAAAGUCUUUAGUUAUCACUCAGCACUUAUUAUACAUCAGAGAACUCACACUGGUGAGAAACCUUAUUCAUGUAAAGAAUGUGGGAAAGCAUUUAGCCAAAGCUCAGCUCUUAUACAGCAUCAGAGAAUUCAUACUGGAGAAAAGCCCUACAAAUGUAAUGAAUGUGGAAAAGCCUUUUCCUGGAUUUCACGGCUAAAUAUACAUCAUAGAAUUCAUACUGGAGAAAAACCAUACCAUUGUAAAGAAUGUGGGAAAGCGUUCAGUUCCCACUCAGCAGUUAAUACUCAUCGGAAAAUUCAUAGUGGAGAAAAACCUUAUAAAUGUAAUGACUGUGAAAAAGCCUUCAACCAAAGCUCAGCUCUAAUUCAGCACCAGAGAAUCCAUACUGGAGAGAAACCAUUUAAUUGUAAAGUAUGUGGGAAAGCUUUCAGACAAAGUUCAUCCCUUCUGACACAUAAGAGGAUUCAUACUGGAGAAAAGCCUUAUAAAUGUAAACAAUGUGGGAAAGCUUUUAGUCAGAGUUCAUCCCUUACUAAUCACCAGAGGACUCAUAUUGGAGAGAAAUUUGGCAAAGAACUUUCUGAAUUACAUUUAUAUGGCUUGUGGCAGGUAGAAUUGGAAACAGUGACAUUUGGGGAUAUAGCUGUGCUCUUCAGCCAGGAGGAAUGGAGAUACUUGGACCCUUUUCAGAGGGCCCUGUACCGAGAGGUGAUGCUGGAGAACUACAGAAACCUGGUCUCAUUGGGGAUUCCAUUUUCCAAACCAAAGCUUAUCUCCCAGUUGCAGCAAGGGAAAGACCCCUGGAUGGUGGGAAAAGGAGUUUCUGACGGUGUCUGCAAAGGGAUUUCAUUUUCAGUGCCAAAAAUGAACUGCCAGUUGCUUCGAAAAAAUCCUUGUGUGGUGAAAAGAGAAAUCCCCCAAGACACCUCUCCAGGUUUCAAGACUUGGCCUCAAGCAGAAGUAUUGCCUUCCAGACAGGACAUUUUUAUAGAAGAAAAACCUCAAGGAAUAGUAAUGAAAAACGCCAUGAAGUAUAGUCACUGGAAUAUGAAGUUUCGAGAAGCUUUGGAUUUUAAGAGCAGGUUGGAAUGGGAGCAACAGAAGAAACCUCAGAGGCAAAUGGUCACCUCAUACAGAAAAGCUAUCAGUGGAGGUAGAGACACUACAAGUCUUGAACUGGGGGAAGGCCUAUUUAUAAAUACAGUUUUUGUAAGACAACAGAAUGUUCCUAAAGAAAGGACAUCCAGUAUAUAUUAUACUUGUGGAAAGGAUUUUAAACAAGAUAUUGAUCUAAUGAAAUGCUUUCAAAUUUAUCCAGAAGAAAAACCUUAUAUUUGUAAUGAGUGUGGCAAAAGCUUUAAUCAUAGUCUUCAGUAUAUUGAACACCAGAGAAUUCAUACUGAUGAGAAACCCUACAAAUGUAAUGAAUGUGAGAAAACCUUUAGUCACAGGUCAUCCCUUCUUUCCCAUCAGAGGACUCACACUGGAGAGAAACCUUACAAAUGUAGUGAAUGUGAAAAAUCUUUUAGCAACAGUUCAGCCCUUAUCAAACAUCUGAGAGUGCACACUGGAGAGAAACCGUAUCAGUGUAAUGAAUGUGGUAAAGCCUUUAGCCAGUGUUCAACCCUCACUAUACAUCAGAGAAUUCAUACGGGCGAGAAGCUGUAUAAAUGUGAUGAAUGUGAGAAGGCCUUUAACUGCAGAGCAAAACUUCAUAGACAUCAAAGGAUCCAUGCUGGUGAGAAACCCUAUAAAUGUAGUGAAUGUGGAAAAGGUUACAGCCAAUUUACAUCUCUGGCUGAACAUCAGAGACUCCAUACUGGAGAACAACUGUGUAAAUGCAUGGAAUGUGGGAGAAACUUCACACGCAUCUCAACCCUUAUCGAACAUCAGCGAAUUCAUAGUGGACAGAAACCCUAUCACUGUAAUGAAUGUGGGAAAACCUUCAAUCAAUAUUCAUCCUUUAAUGAACAUCGUAAAAUUCAUACUGGAGAAAAACUUUAUACAUGUGAAGAAUGUGGUAAAGCCUUUGGUUGUAAGUCCAAUCUUUAUAGGCAUCAGAGAAUCCAUACUGGUGAGAAACCCUAUCAGUGUAAUCAGUGUGGGAAAGCAUUCAGCCAAUAUUCCUUCCUCACUGAACAUGAGAGAAUCCAUACGGGAGAGAAACUUUAUAAAUGUAUGGAAUGUGGAAAAGCCUACAGUUACAGAUCAAACCUUUGUAGACACAAAAAAGUUCACAAUAAAGAAAAACUCUAUAAAUGGAAGGACUAUGAAAAACCUUUUAUCUACAGCUCUUACUCAUUAGCAGAAUUCUCUUUGAAGUGAUAAGCCCUAU